UUCCUCUGGCGCUGGUUCGAUGAGCUCUACGUCCUGCUGGAUCUGCUGCUGCAGCAGCACUGCCUGGCCAGGUGCAGCGCCUCCUUCUCGGAGAACUUCUAUAGCUUAAAGAGGAUCCCCGCCGGAGACCGCGGAGAGCGGCCGCUGGCCACCGCUGGCCUGCCGAAGGGGCAGCACUGGAAGUCGCUCCUCUUGCUGGUUCUUGUUCCCUACCUGAAAGGAAAGCUGGAGAAGCUGGUGUCCAGCCUGAGGGAGGAGGACGAGUACUCCAUCCACCCUCCGUCCUCGUCCUGGAAGCGCUUUUACAGAGCCUUUCUGGCCGCCUACCCCUUCGUAAACAUGACCUGGGAGGGCUGGUUUCUCAUCCAGCAGCUGAGCUACAUCCUCGGGAAAGCUGAGCAUCAUUCCCCCAUGCUGCGGCUGGCAGGCGUGCGCCUCGUCAGACUGACUGCAGAGGAUAUCCAGGCCCUGGAGAACAGAUCGGCUGGAGACACCUCGAGUCAGACCCCCAGCAUCCAAACCCGAGUGCAGUCAGCAGUGAGGAAGACGUUGGGUGGCGUUGCCUUCUCCCUGUCCACUGGGCUGUCCGUCAGCAUGUUCUUCCUCCAGUUCCUGGACUGGUGGUAUUCCUCAGAGAACCAGGAGACCAUCAAGUCCCUGACGGCGCUCCCGGCCCCUCCGCCCCCGGUGCACCUCGACGGCGGGGCUGCCUCCGCUCUGCUGCCCAGGCUGAGGAGCCUGUGCCCCCUGUGCCGCAAGGUUCGGGUCAACGCCACGGCCCUGGCCACCUCGGGCUUCGUCUUCUGCUACCGCUGCGCCUACGCCUACGUGAAGAGCCACCAGCGCUGCCCCGUCACCGGCUACGCCACCGAGCUGCAGCACCUGGUCAAACUGUACUCCCCCGAGAGCUGA